AUGGUCCAGAAUCAAGAACCAGGAGAGUCACCUGUGUCCCCUGUACAUUCAAAUGAAAAUGCUCAAAAUGCACAAGAGGAAUCACCCAGGAUCCUUCCCGUUGAGCCUCAUCCCGAACCAGCAAAUGAACCUCUAGUGUACGGUACGGUAAACCAGGAAAACAAACCAAAGGACAGAGACCAACCGUCCAUAUGGCAGCUUAUCUCGAGUUUGUUUAUCUGGGAGGUACUAGCCAUGAUCUUAUCCUCGGGUGUUCUGGUCGCGAUCGUUGUGAUCUUGACACAAUAUGAUGGUCGUCCUCAACCGGCCUGGAGGUUAAUGUCGCUGAACUCCCUAAUAUCCUGGUUAAGCACGGUCUCAAAAGGAUGUGUCUUAUCAGCUAUCAGCGAGGGAAUAGGACAGCUCAAGUGGGUGUGGUUCACACGGAAGAGCCGACCUUUAGUUGAUUUGGGUGCCUUUGAUGGGGCCAGCCGCGGGAUAUACGGUUGUGCGGGCUUAGUUUGGAAACUACGGGCAAGACAUUUUGCAGCUUUAGGCAGUCUAGCCGUUAUCCUCGCCAUCGCCUUUGACCCUUUCAUCCAAAAUUUGAUCCACUACUACCCUAAACUCAUUGCUGAUUCCUCGGGGACUGCUAUCGUGUCAAGCAACGCCCAAUACGAUGCUCUAGGUCCUAUAUUGGAAACUGGAGCGUGGUACCUUGAUGCGGAAAUGAAAGCCAAUAUUUACAACUCGCUAUUCAACAGCGACGCGUCAAAGCCAUGGUCCAUCCCACGGUAUACCUGUAGCUCGGGAAACUGUACCUGGGAUCCAAUAGCUACAUUGGAAAUGAGGGCGAGUUGCACGAACAUAACAGACCGACUGAAAACCGAAUGCAAUGACCACGACGAGAAGAGACCUGUUUCAAUUGAGCCCAUGUGCUCUGUUUCGAUCCAAGGUGGCACUAGUAACACCAAUAAUAUAUCUGCGGCUUUCCAGUUGAACACAUACCACGGUACGCCAAUCGUGAUAGGAUCGACGGAUAGUUUCAUCUACACAGAAAGCCUCAUACCUGCUAUCCAGCUUAUCGCCCCACAUGACCUGCCAGAACGCCAAGCGACAUGGAAGAAUAAGUUCUCGAAGGAUUUCAAAUGGGAAGCCAUAGAAUGCAGCAUUGAACCUGUUAUCCACAGCUUUAAAGCAAACGUCACCAAGGGCGUUUAUCACCAAGAAACACUGGCCAUCUCGAAGAACGGAUCUUUCGACAACUCAAUUCAUAAACACUACCGCAUGCAUCCUCCCUGGGGACCAGAGAUGGGCGUGGAACCAAACAAAGAGUUCGUGAUACAGAGGAAUUCGCUUGUGGCAAUCCAAUACUUUUUCCAAAACUUCUUCGCCGGCCGAGCGCGGCUCGAUCUUUUUGGUUUUACGUUCAGUCCUGACAGCAAGCAAUAUAAAUACGCCACGGCGGAUUUGAUGCAGUUCAUCACACUUGCGAACGUAACGGAUUGCCCGGUUGGAAUUACUAACAAAAUGCAAUGUGCUAUGGAUAAUGUCGCCGACGCUAUGUCAAAGGCUAUUCGGGAUAACGCGUCUUCUUCAAACGUCACUACUGCCGGACAGGCAAUGUCGGCCAGGACACACAUUUCCAUUCAUUGGCAGUGGAUCAUUCUUCCCGUGUUGGUGUGGCUGUUGGGCCUUGUCACAUUAUUGGGCACUAUUUGGAAGACUCGCACAGCUAGGGUUCCCACUUGGAAGAACGAGACGAUGCCGCUCUUAUCUCUGUAUAAGGAAGGUCAAAAUGAGAAGCCACAAAGUGGCCAAGAGAUGAAAAACGAGAGGGUGAUGUUAUACAAAAGCCAGGGCAAAAUGGUGCUGUCUGGGUAG